GACUAGACGCAUUAUAGAAAAAGGCCGCAUAUAUUUUUUGUAUAAACCUAAUCCUUACAUCACUUUUAGUCAAACUAUGUCAAUAAGCACAACCAAUGCAGCCGAUUCUGACGACCUCCCUCCAGCUAUGAAUGGAUACACUUUUAAGUACCACUUAGGUAGUGCCCAAACGCACGACACUUUUCUUGCCCGGGAAGACGUUUCACAAAAUUUGUAUGUCGUGCGAGCAUAUUCUCUAGGUUACUUGCGUCAGAAUGAACAAAUUCGCCAAAUUGUCGAGCGUGAGGCGUUGAUGGCGAGUAUUGUCCAGCAUCCUAAUAUUACGAAGUUCGGAGGGUCUUUCAUUACUAAAACAGAUCUCUUCACGAUUGAGAAAUAUUACAGUCAGGGUGAGCUGUAUAGAUCCAUAGAAGUACUAAGCAACGGUGUCGAAGCGAGACCAAAGGUUUCUUAUCCGCCGUUUAGUUCUCUUUCCAAUUCAACAAUAAUAGAAAGAGAUGAAAACUUGAAAAAUCGCCAGGGCCUAUCGAUUAAGACAUGCAAGCGUAUCCUGCGAGAAUUAAUGCUAGCCUUGAGGCAUCUCCAUGAGAAUUGUGGUGUGGCGCAUCGUAAUUUAAAGUUGGAGAACAUCUUCCUAGAUAGAGAGGGUCACGCAAUCAUCAGCGGACUCGGGCUCUGCGCAGUCCUUCCACGAAAGGCACCGGCGUCAUUGUCCCCAAGAAAAUUCAAUUACAAAUCUAAAGGUGUGGACAUCAUGCGGGAGCCCCCUCUUCCGUUACGAUUUUGUUUUGGCUCCAAGCAUUACGUGGCGCCUGAGCUGAUCGAGGGACACCCAUAUGAUGGUGCUGCAGUAGAUGUUUGGGCGGCAGGGGUGAUUCUUUUCGUUAUGUGUACUGGAUGUUUUCCAUUUGAUUCAGAGUCUGAUAAAGACGAAGCCGUCUUUAAAAAAAUACGAGAUGGAGAUUACACACUUUCAAGUCACGAAGGUUUCAAAAGCAUAGAAGAACCAUUGCUGCAAGAUAUUCUCAGAAACAUGCUUCGAUUCAAUCCAAAGGCACGAUUUUCAGUCGAUGAAGUCAUAGAGCAUCCCUUCUUGACUAACUAG